UCUCUGUAUGUGACCUGCGUUUUCAUGGAUACGUUGCAAUACGUCAAACUCGAUGAUGUCUAAUUGUUAUCGUCAAUUCAGCACUUAAACGGUUCCAAUUUUCUCUACGCCGCACGCAGAACAGUGCCUCUAGGAGGGGAGCCGUUACGUAGACCCGCUAAACGCGAAACGUGUCGUGCCAGGUCAUAGCUGCCCAUCGAUUAGGUUCACACGUAUCAUCGGUAGACACUGCAACAGAACUGUUAGAUAUGUUUUCUGUUACCAUACAUGCUUAAGUGUAAGAAGUGCUUAUUUUCGAAUCAUUCGCUGCAAGAAAUAGAAACGUUGGCAGUUAACCAAUUUGCCGGAGUCUGUUGUGAACGUGACAAUGUCAUUGAUUGGAAACAUUAUAAUAAUACUGUCGUAAUUUCUCACAUCCUGGCACGUCACAACAUCAUACGAUAAGUGACGCAACUCAUAGAUUGAAAUUACGGGAACACCAAGGAUAACAAUAUUCAAACAAGUAAAGCUGAGCCAAAUUCUGGAUGGAACCUCCAGUCUCCGUCAAGGAUGUCAAGAAAGCGUCCACGGGAAGUAGAAGGUUCUAAUUGCCUGCGAAACAGUAAUCUACCCAUACAAAUGUCCAUCUGCAAGCCAGCACCAUUUAGUGAUGAGCCUGAGGCAGCAGCUGAACGUGAACGCUGUGAUUACAGCCAGCGUGUUUCUUUCAAGAUGGCAAAAUCUGGAAACGUUGGUCGACCAAUAAGGGUGUAUGCUGAUGGAAUAUAUGAUCUGUUUCACCAAGGUCAUGCCCGUCAGUUGCUGCAGGCAAAAAACUUAUUUCCAAACGUUUACCUUAUUGUAGGAGUCUGCAGUGAUGCACUCACUCACAGCAAGAAAGGUCGCACAGUAAUGACAGAGUCUGAACGUUAUGAAGCUGUUCGUCAUUGUCGCUAUGUAGAUGAAGUUGUUAGAGAUGCACCUUGGGAACUUGAUGAUGACUUUCUUGCGUUUCACAAGAUUGAUUUUGUGGCACAUGAUGAGAUGCCUUAUAUGACAGAAGAUGGCACCGAUGUAUAUGCACGACUAAAAGAAAAAGGGAUGUUUGCAGCCACGGAACGAACAGAAGGAGUUUCCACAUCAGAUAUAGUGGCAAGAAUAGUGCGAGACUAUGACAUUUAUGUACGAAGAAAUCUUGCAAGAGGAUAUUCUGCAAAGGAGUUAAAUGUUUCUUUCCUGAAUGAGAAAAAGUUCCGCUUGCAGAACAAAAUGGUUGAACUAAAAGAUAAAGGAAAGCGUGUAAUGGAGAAUAUUGGAGAGAAGAAGGUAGAUAUGUUACAGAAGUGGGAAGAAAAAUCACGUGAAUUCAUUGAUACUUUCCUCCUGCUGUUUGGGCGGGAUGGCCCCUUGGUAAGAAGAAUGAAACGCACUGUACACCGAAUUCGAAAUGAGUCGCAAAUAUGGAAUGAAGGGAAAGGGCGUCUGAUGCAAGCUCUAUCGCCCCCAGCCAGUCCUCGGCGUGAUGGCUCACCCACGUCAUCUACCAGCAAUGAUGUUGAUGAAAGCACAAGCAGCCCCCCACCACCGAAAGCUGGUCGCUAUGACUUUUCCCCCAACUCUUCAGCACAACAGUUUGCUGGCAGACCGUCAGGAGACUUCUCUGAUGAUGGUGAUGAUGAUGAUGAUGAUGAAGAUGAUGAAGAUGAAAGACAGUCAAAAUAACAAUACAAAAUGUAAAUCUUCCAUAACCAGAAUCUGUUGGUGCUGAAGCUUAGUGCACUGUAAGCUGAUCUUUUAUGAAAGGAGUGUUUGACUGUAAAUCUCCAAAGUACUGUAAUAUUGUUUUAAUUGUUUUAUAGCAAAAAAGAAUGUAAAUGAGUUGUCUGCUGUAAACUAUUAUAUAUUUAAAGUCUUUUAAUUGUUUUAAGUUUUCAGAAAGGCUGGACUUAGUUACAAGUGGCGAUUGUUUUGUUGAUAUUGUGUCUAGUGUUACCUAAGGAGAUCGCU